AUGAGUGGUGCUUGUGUGCUCGGCCGGUCUAGGAGUUCGAUGUGGAUGUUGCGGCAUAUGCCCUGUUCCAAGGUCGAGGCUAGCAUGGCCAAUGCAUCACACUCAUCUCUUUGGUUAGCCAAAGGCCAGUUAAGAGUGCUUCGUACUCAGCGACAUUGUUGGAGGUGUGGAACAAGGCUGGCUCCACAUCCCUGGGCGUCGGAGGAGCCAUCCACAUAUAAGGUCCACAAGGGAUGGGUUAGGUCGAGGGUGUUGUUGCUGGCGAAGUGGACCAAGUUUGAGGGAAGAGUGGAGUUGGUUAUGAUCUGGGGAACGGCCAAAACUUGGGGUUCCGUAAGUUCGGAGAUAAAGUUUGCAACAGCCUGUCCCUUUGUAACUGGGCGGGGUUUAUAA